AUGAAUCGGUCUACUGUCCGGGGUAUUCUGUGUGACCACUGGCAGUCUUGCAUGUCCUGGGGCUUCCUCGAUGUCAGCUUCACCCUCGACUACUACUUCACUGUUCAGAACUGGACAACAGCGGAUAAUUCUCCCCAGAUCCCAGUCAGGGCUGAAAUCAUCGGCUACCAGAACCAGCUGGGCCCCGGGCCAGAUUCGAGCUUCCAUCACAUCUAUGACUAUACUGGUUACAGGAGCGAGAUUCAAGACCAGACUAAGUUAGAAACACCCAAUGGAGUUGCGUGCAGAGGACGUAAAGGGACCCGCCAGAUGCCCCAAUUACAGGCUCAGUAUCAAUAUAGGGAGGAGAUAACAAACGUCAUGGAUAGUACGGUCAAGCAAGUAGACGCAAGUAUUUUAACACCAUUUAUGCAAUUAUAA